CGCCACCCGCCUUCAGUGCUCGAUUGGCCUCCUUCAAGGUCGGAUGUCACUAUUUACACUUUUCGCGUCGGUGGUUCGUCUCCCUCUCCCUUCUUUUCUCAUUCUAUCUGUUCGCGUAUUUGAUCAUCAUCAUUUGUAAAUUUUCUUUUUGAUUUUUGCUUUUCUUCAUAUCUACCUCUAGACUUAUUCUCUCUCUCCUUAUCUCUCGUUGUUCAUUCCCUUUUUGUGUUUAUUAGCUAUCCUCUAUUUUCUUUUUCUUUGUUUCUUUAUUCCCCAUCCAACUUAACUCGCCGAUUUCCUAUUUGAUCUAACGACGCCGAAAUAUUGAAACCAAAACAUCCAAGUUUACAUCCCUUUUAAAAAAAAAAGUUAGUGAAGAAAAUAUGGGAAUCUCCAGCCUAUUGUCUCUCUCGGUCAUUGCCAUCCUGUUCGGCCAAAGACACUGCAUAGCAUUCUUCUUACACGACGGAUGCCUCAUAAUGGAACACUACAGCAUAAGGACGUUCGAAGACUCCAUUAGCUUCCUCAUGCUAUUUCCUCCCAAGGAUGAUUUCUUCCUGACUAUCACCCAGGAUACGCCUUCCUCCUACUUCUACCCGGCGAGAGGCAUAGCACACGAAGGGCCUCAGACAUGGAUGCAGAUGGAUCUCCUCCUGAGCGACUCCAUCGAAAUGCGCUUUCAGAAUGGGACGACGUGGAUGAAGGAAGCCACUCCUGUAAAGAGGCUUGUUCCUAAAUCCGUUUCCAUGUCCUUUGGUCUUUGGGCACCGAACUGUCCACAGAAAAUGCCUUUCUGGACGCUGCGGGAAAAGGCAGCGUCCUUGCAGCGUGAUCUAUGGGAUAAUCAAGACGUAACCUUUUCCCUGGUUUCAACUGCUGGGUCUUUGGUGUACCUAGACAUAGGGAGGGAAAAUUUAUUGUUGUGCUGGGAUGCUACAACUGACCAGCUUGUUGUGGGUUUUGUGAAAUCAGUGGAUAGAAGAUGCCAACCUUUACCUCCUCUCCUGCCGAUGUGGCUGCGAGUCGAGUUCAAAGAGAGGAUGGUUACGCUCAGCAGCCCCGACCGCGCCGGUAGAAUCUUGAGAUCUUUCUCUCUGCGUCCAACGACAGCUAGACUUGCCAUCAAGACCCUGAGAACCACGGGAGAGGUGUAUGUGGUGGAACACGUCGAUGGUUAUCCAGAGCCUACUCGUGUUCUUCCUUUGUCACAAGAGGAAGCUUCAGCUGCCCAAAAUAAAUCGGCGUGGGUGUGGGUGUGGGCGUGUGUCUCUGUCGUUUGCAUCCUCUCCUUGAUGCUGUUGGCGGCUGUUUGGUUAUCCUUCGUCUUUUAUUCACGCUGGCAGAGGGCAAAGGAGGUGUUGCUGUUGCUGCGGAAGGGAGGAGACGACGCCGGGCGGGAGAGCCAGGGCGCGCCCGUCACCACCAAGGACAACUUCUACACCCCCCAGCCCGUGGUCCCCCCUCUGCCCUUGUCACUACUUGCUCCUCCUACCGUUGUCCCCGCCAGGUCACUGGAAGAUCAAUAUUUGACCCCGAGAAAGUACCAAACGCUGGUCGAAUCCGAGCACGUGUACGAGGAGGUGGACGCCGUGGCGAGGUGGUCGGCCUCGAAGAAAGCCCAAGGGAAGGCAAACAAGGCUUUUGAAAAGGUUUUGCCGAAAGAGGGGAGUUGCGAUGGGAUUUCGUGAUGGAGGGUAGCUGUCUGUUAAAAGGAAAAGAAAAAAACAACAUAUUUAAACUUUUUUGAACGGUUUAUGUUAUACUUUUUCUGUGUAGCUUAAACUAUGUAGCUUAAACUGCUAGAAGAAUUCAGAGGAGAGGCUAGACUCGGUACAAAAUGAAAGGCUAAAGUGUCUGAACAAUUCCAAGCGGCUUUGACCAUUAAAUCAUGCGACUGCUUUUCUUUGUGCUUUGAAACCUACGUAAUAAUGCGACACACUAGUUUUUCUCCUUAGGACAAGGUUUAUUCGUUGGGCUCUUAAAUUGUGUUGCGGAUUAGUUAUGAUCUCUGACUAAUAUAGGCGUGUGUGAAAAUCUAUGACAGAACAUAAUUAUAGAUUCGCGUGUGACACCUUUGUGUUUUUAUACAGAGAUACCAUUCUUCUUUGGUGCUUGUGAUAAGUUCCAAUUACAUUAUCUUUGAUUAUUAUAUCAGGAUUCGUUAAACUCUUUGGGUAACAAAACAUCUUUGUACGAGUUGAAAUCUUUGUGACAACUUUUUGCUUGUCUCCAUUAUCCGAAUGUUAAAUAAUGUAUUCGGUUAUUUACACACUCUAUAUCAAGCAUGCAUUAGAUUAUAACUUCCAUGUUUUUCCUUGUGCUGAUAAAAGCUUUCUUCAAUGUUGAUAAAAUAUUUCUUAGAAAGAGAUACACACUUUCUAGGGAUUUUUUAUACGGAUUUGUGGCGUUAUACACUGUAUAUUGUCAAUUACAUCUCUUCAUAACCACAUAUAGACUGGACCAUACAUACUGAAUUGCCCAAUACUGAUUUUCAUAUUUCUU